GUUCCUGCAACCGCGCGGAAAAGAACUUCAUCUGUUGUACAACCCUCACUCAUGCAACCGUUACUUUUGCCACCAGCUCGCCACUCCACUGAGAUGGCGAUUAGCCUCUCCACCCUCCUCCUUGCCAUCCAAGGCAUCCCCGUUACAAUCUUCAGCACCUUCAUCCUGCGCGACCCCGCAAAAGUAAAUUUCGCUGAUGCGCCCGUUGCCGUCCAACAUGCUAUGAGCAUGUCUACCUUCUCCGUAGGCAUCUUCUACCUGGUCGGCGCCACCCAGCCCAAGCGAACACGGCACCACUUCCUCAUUGCUACGAGCUUCGUGCGCCUAAUAGCCGCGUAUGUAUUCUUCAAAGACGGGGAUGAUGCAAGGGGCGGCGCGGUGUGGGACGUUGUCAUGGUGGGGUUGAAUGCGUUGGUUAUAUGGUAUGAGAGGUUGGCGUAUCUGAGUGGUUGAGCAUCAGCCCCCGUAAUCCCGAGUGGCUGCUAAGGCGGUAGGAGAUGGUAAUGGAAAGAGAAGGGGAAAGACAUGGAAGAGGAAUGGGAACGAGAGUGGCCACAGCCAAGCGAGAGAAGAAAUAUGCAGUGUAUUAGAGUUACAUGAUCGCCCCGUCCGUCCCUCGCGGAUAUCGCCGUAACCAAACAUGCUAUG